AUGUCCCCCUCAAAAAAAAAACCUUCUGGGGCUUGGUUUGAGAAAAAAAGAAAAGAAAGACCGAAAAACAACAUCAAAUCAUCCAUAAUGUUGAGUAGCUGGAUUAAUAAAAAAUAUGAUGAGGAUAAUACAAUUAAUACUGAACAAAAAAAAGACGAUACACCGGUUACUAAUAUUGAAAGUACAAUAAUUGACGAUCGUUACAACUUAACUGAAGAUAGUAUACAAAACAAUGAUAACAAUGACCCUACUACUAGCCAAGUAAAUAAUGAACUUUAUAUUAAUAAUAUUGAAAUUGAAAGUACAAUUGACGAUCGUUACAACUUAAUUGAAGAUAGUACACAAAACAAUGAUUACAAUGAACCUACUACUAGCCAAGAAAGUAAUGAAAUUAACAUUAAUUUUAAUGAUCCUGGUUGUUGGCCGACUAUGACUUCUAGAUUUAGAGAUUUAAUGGUGGAAAGAGGACCAUACCUUAUGGAUCAAAAUAAUUAUUUUCCAGUAAAUGAUGAGGAUGGUAGACAUUUUGACGGUAAAUGGUUCUAUAAAUUUUUAAAUAACGGAGAAAAAGUUCGAAGACAAUGGCUAUUAUACAGUAAAUCAAAAAAUGCAAUUUUUUGUUUUGCAUGCCUCCUUUUUUCAAAUAAUGACAUUAGGAAAUCCACAUGUUCGAAUAAUGGUUUUAAAGAUUGGAAACAUUUAAAUCCCUCUGUUGCUGAGCAUGAGAAUAGUAAGAACCAUAAACAAAAUUUUUUGGACUGGAAGGAGUUAGAAAAAAGAUUACGGGACUGUAAAACAAUUGAUUAUGUGCUUCAAAAUUCUAUUAAAAAUGAAAAAGAAAAAUGGUUUUGUAUUCUUAAAGUUAUUGUUGACGGAAUUUUAUUUUGCGCUAAAAAUAAUCUGGCCUUAAGAGGUUCGUCAGACAAAAUAGGAGAAGCAAAUUGUGGUAUUUUUUUAAGCUUAAUGGAAGUAAUAAGUCAUUACAACCCUAUUUUAUUAGCUCACGUAAAACAUAUUACAGAUAGUAAUAAACCAACUAUUAGUUAUUUUUCUCAUAAAAUUCAAAAUGAAAUAAUCUGUAUAAUGGGUCAACAAGUAAGACAAACUAUAUUUGAACAAAUCAAAAAAUCAAAAUACUUCUCAAUUCUUUUCGAUUGCACUCCCGAUAAAUCUCACCAGGAACAAAUGUCACAAAUAAUCAGGUAUGUCUACAUUUCCAAUGGAGAGAUUAUGAUUAAAGAAUCAUUUAUUGAUUUUAUAUGUACUAACGAAAAAUCAGGAUCAGGGAUUUCUAAUGAAAUAUUAAACACUAUAAGAAAUAAUGGACUUGAUAUAAUGGACUGUAGAGGACAGUGCUAUGACAACGGCGCAAAUAUGGCUGGAAGUAUUAAUGGUGUACAAUCACAUAUUUUACGUGUAAAUGAACUAGCAACAUUUUUACCAUGUUCAGCUCAUAGCCUAAACCUAGUAGGUGUUCAUGCUGCAGAAGUUUCACCUAUGAUGAUCACAUUUUUUGGCUUAAUUCAAAAUAUAUACUUAUUUUUUUCUGGCUCGACAAGUAGAUGGAAACUCUUAAUGCAAACUAUGAAAAUCACUUUAAAAUCUCAUUGUGACACACGUUGGAGUACAAAAAAACAAGCAGUGAGUGCUCUAAAAUUAAAUUUUAAGCACGUUUAUGAUAUACUAAACAAUAUAGUGACCAACAUGAAUGAUUUUAAUAAAAACACAACAACAUCUGCUCAGCAAAUUCUGAAGCAAAUAAAUUUAAAGUUUUUAUGCCUCCUUCAUUUUUGGGAUUCUAUACUAGGACAAAUUGACAAAGUAAAUUUAUCUUUACAGAAUCAAAAUCAGACUAUUGAUGUGGCCACAAAAAGUUUAGAAGGUUUAAUUGAAUGCAUACAAAAUAUACGAGAAAAUGGUUUUGAAAAUGCAUUGAAUGAAGCUAAAAAAAUUGCAAUUUUAAUAAACAUACCCACUGAAUUUCUAACUACCAGAAAAAUAAAACGUAAAAAAUAUAACUUGGAGUCAAAUGAAACAGAAACUAAUAAAUCGAGUGAAACUAUUGUGAAGCUACAAUGCUAUCAGUCUUUAGAUUCUAUUAUUACAAGUCUAAAAUGGAGAUUUGAAAAAAUGUCUAAUAUAUCUUCAAACUUCUCAUUUUUGUCUGGUCGAAAUUUAUCUACAAUGGGAAUUGAUGAUAUCAAAAAAUGGUCUGAUGAUCUAGCGUUAUUAUACAGUGUUGAUUUGAAUGGCGGUGAGCUAUACACAGAAGUUCAAAGUUUCAAGUUUCAAGCUUCUAGAUUAAUAGAAUCAUUUAAAACUGCAACCUGUUAUGACUUUUUAAAAUGUAUACAUCAACAUUCUCUAAAAGAUGUAUACCCAAAUUUGGAAGUGGCAUUACGAAUUUUUUUAACAAUGCCUGUUACUACAGCUACUUGCGAGAGAAGUUUUAGCAAAUUAAAGAUUAUAAAAAAUUAUCUCCGUUCCACCAUGGGUCAAGAACGUCUAUCAAAUUUAGCUAUAAUUUCAAUUGAACAAGAAAUUGCAUCUAAGAUAGACUACACUUCAAUCAUCGAAGAAUUUGCUUCCAAAAAAGCCAGAAAAGUUAAAUUUGUUUAA